AUGGCUCCUCCAAUAUCUGCCGCAAUAGCACGCCUGCGACCUCCAUCGCUCCGCGGGGUCUCGAGCGUAGAGGGUGCCGAUGAUUCUCCGCGUCCCUACAAGAGAACCGGAGAGAGCAGCGAGCAGACACCGCCCAAGCCACCUCGGAAGAAGUUGCCGUGGCUGGAAAGGCAGCAGGGAAAAGAAGAGCCAGACUCAGGACGGGUAGAACAUAUCGAGAGAGUGACGGACGUCGACGGCAGUGACCCUUCUGAUGCGAUACAACCUGGAAGCUCCAUGCUACCGCUCAGAGUUGGAACCAAUGCCCCAGGCCCACGAACACAAACACCGAGUCCUCGAGCUCACUCUGCUGUAUCCUCGCUUCGGCCUCGGUCUGUGAGUCGACCAGCUCGUACAGAGGAAGCGGCAGCCCCUGGCCUGUUCUAUGCGUCCUCUAAUUACAGCCCUGCACCAAGCGAUGGCGAGCCCUUGCCUAUAACGUUGCCAAAGAAGGACCCAGCGUCGUAUGAGCGGCUUGUCAGGAGACCACCAGAGCCACCGCCGCCAGGACAUUAUUCCACUCGUGCGGUGAACGACUGGAACCAAGGCGAGGAAGAGCAGUCUCCAUCUCAGGCUGAUCCUAGGUUGGGCUCUGGUGCUCAAGCUCGGCGCGGCACUACGAGACCGAAGCCCAACCCAAGUCCUUACCGUGUGCAAGAGAUACCAGAGAAGUACUUACCAAAGCCUCUUCGUUGCAAGUCGUGCGAUAGUGAGCUGGAGCAGGCGAUCAUGCCAACCGCCCGCUCUCUAUACCGGGAACAUCAAAUCCAAGCACCAAAAUGCCCUCGCACAGGAGCCCAUCUGGAAGCGUCACGAAGCUCAGGACAACAGCCUCUCCCCGAGCUACCGUUGCAUCUAAUGGCUCACUCAACUUCAUCAUCUCAGAGCAACACAGACAAGCAACUUGACAAGCUGAAGCGAGCUGUGACGGAGUCGUUCGGCACUUACGAGUUCCGCAAGAGACAUGAUCGGCUCGCCCGAGCUGCCACUGCCCAUGAACGCCUCAUGAAUCAGACGGUGACCGUCGCUAGUGACUCGCGGCCGGAAGGUGGCAAAAAGGGCCCAGGGCGGCUUCUGCAAGGCGCCAAUAGUGCAAAAGAUCAGGUCGGUCGAGGUGAAGAGCCCGUGUAUCGACCUCCUCCGCUUUCGCCGCCGAGCUCGCCACGAACAUCAGAGGGCAAUGAAGAAGUCUUGUCUGACCCCCAGUUAUCUCGGAGUCGGCGCACGUCCGCGAAUGCCCAGCACUCAGUCUUCACCAAAACCUCCAAGCCGAAGAUUCGCACGACAGCAACAGGCUCGAAAUUCACAGAAGCGCUACCGAAAAUUUCCAGCUCUCGAGGCGACCGUACUGCUCAGGCUUUCUCUUCCGGCGAUUACUCGAUUGCACAGACGCCGCCGCAUUUGUAUGUGUCUCGGUCUCCACAAUGUGUCAUCAAAGACUUUGCCUACCUCGAUCCCGCCACGAAGAAGAAAUUGUCAGUCACGCUGGACCGGAGAGCUCGAUAUGGAGCAGCUGCAGACUUUUACGGCGACCAUGGAGAGUCCGUGGCGACCCAGCCUGGUGCUCGACGCAGCAUCGUCGCCCAAGAAAAACAGCUUCCAAUGGUGCCUUUACCUGGCCGCAGACACAGUGAUGUUGCGCCCGGCAAGACAGAGCGAGUGCAUCGUGCCCACCAUAUGAGGCAUGAACACCAAGCUCGAGCGUUACCGGGGGGCGGAGAUGGUGGAUCGAACCAGGCGGGCACGACCCAAGCCGACAAUUUGCUACGACCUCCAGCCGUGCGACAAGCGACCGUGGAAAGCAUACACGGCCCAAGCGGAACGAUUCCACCACUGCUCCGUGAAAAGUUGAAUACUGAACCGAAAGAUCCAAGCCCUUCGCCGAAGACAGAAGGUCAUAAACAGCUGGGACAUGGCUCUCAUCAUCAAGGGCAUGCCCCAGCCUUUCUGCAGUCUGCAUAUUAUCGCAUUGACGAUGAGUCCGUACGUAAGAGGAGUGCUACUGCGACUACUAUCAAUUCAAGGUAA